AUGUCUAGGGCGGGCAAUUCAGAUCCCGCUUCGAAGCGCGAAGAUAAUCAUCCUCACACUGAGGCCGAUGCGGAGAGCGAUGAAGAGGUCUUCCACGAUGCGCGGUUUCCCGCAGAGGAAGAAGCAAGUCUUCUGAAGGAAGCGCAAGAGAUCAAGGCAGAGGCGAACCAGCUGUUCAGCGCGGGAUGCUACGACCAGGCUAUUUCCUCAUACGACCGAGCGCUCGCUUCAUGUCCGAACUACCUUGACUACGAUGUCGCAGUGCUUCGGAGCAACAUUGCCGCCACUUAUUUGAAGCUAGAGGAUUGGAAGUCAGCAGUCGACUCAGCAACGAUGUCAAUCGAGCGCUUGGACAAGAUUAUUCCGCCACCCGACGAGAAAAAGGACCAAAGCGACUCGAAGGAACCUCUACCCUCAGGAAGCAACACAGAAAGGGACGAUGCCGUCGUCGAACUCUCCGGAGAGGAUGACGAGGCAGAGGAAAAGGAGCUGAAGCGUUUGAAAGAGCAGGACGAGCAGCGCACCAACGUCUUGCGCAUCCGAGCCAAGGCCCUUAUGCGACGGGCCAAGGCUAAAUCUCAAAUAGGGGGCUGGGCCAGUCUACAGGGUGCUGCGGAAGACUACCAGGCUCUUGCUGCUAUGGAAAAUCUCCCAACGAGUGAUCAACGGAUUGUCCAACGGGCCCUUUUGGAGCUGCCGGAUCGGAUCAAGGAGGCCCGUGAAAAGGAGAUGGGUGAGAUGAUGUCAAAAUUGAAGGGCUUGGGUAAUGGUAUUUUGAAACCAUUCGGUCUAUCAACGGACAACUUCAAUUUUGUGCAGGAUCCCAAAACUGGAGGCUACUCGAUGAAUUUUCAAUCUUGA